AUGGUGAUUAGGAUGAAGCCAGGCACUGAUGUGGAGAUGCACAGCGGCCCAGCAAACAAUAUCUUGAACAUCCACCUCGGCCUCACAGGUGACCUUCAGGGGGCCAAGUUGGUGGUAGCCAACCAGACGUAUUCUUGGAGCAGAAGCAAGGUGAUCGCGUGGGACGGCAGCUACGACCACAGGGUGCACUGCCUGGAUUGCAGCGAGGAUAGGGUCAUCAUGAUGGUCCGGUACAUGCACCCAGAUAUGAGUCCGAUGCAUUACAAGGGUUCUCGGCGGACCUUUUUUGAGGACAUCCCGAUCGAGUUGCAGUGA